GCCGUGUGCUAUGUCAACGGGUUCGGCACCGAGCAGGACAAGAACCGGGCCUUCACGAUCUUCAAGGAGCUCGCCAAGCAGGGACACAGCGACAGCCAGUACUGGCUCGGACACUGCUAUUCCUUCCGUCUGGGAACACUCCGCAGCAGAUCAAAGGCGCUGAAGUGGUACUGGGCCUCCGUCGACCAGAACAAUGGAUACAGCAUGUGGGCUCUUGGCGACUGUUUUGCGAUGGGCCUGGGAGUCGUCUGCAAUCCAUUAGCUAGCUUAGAUUGGUAUAUCAAGGCUACCAAACUGGGCUCG